AUGUAUUCUCUCCUUCCACUCCUUUUGGCGAUUGGCGUUGUCCCAGUGUGGAGUUUCAGCCUGAAUACCCCCACCAAGUACUGGAACUACACCACCGCCAGCCUGUCCAGCACCACCUCGCAAGAAUGCAAGGACGCCUACAGUGCGAACAUCGACUGCGACGACUUUCUGCUCGCACUGGUCGUGUCCAAGGAAGACCGGUGGUGGCUCCCCGACUAUGACUCGGCCUCGUUUGACCGCACCUGCACGGCCACCUGCCAGUCGUCUCUGUCGGCGUAUGUCGCGAACGUCGAGAAGACCUGCAACAAGGCCAGCGACGCAGCAUUAAAGACUAAAGACUGGGAAGACCUCGGGGCCAAGGUGUUUGUGCCAGUGGUGAAGCUGGGACAUAUCCUGCAAUAUACCCUGAUGAGAUCCUGCACCAAGGAUGAUGACGGAUCAUACUGCUAUAUCGGCCAGAGCAGUGUUUACUAUCCGGAUUGUGACUGCAGUUGGACCUGCGCGCUGGCCUAUUUCUGGGUCGCACAUGAAUAUCCGUAUGUCGACUACCAGUUUGGUCUUCAUAUGAAUGGCAUGGACGAGCAGGGCAAUCGCUUCGAGUUGGUUCCUAGCAGCGUGCUCUUCGACGAUUGGCAGGAUCCGUUGUAUGGUUGGCCGACUGUCGAGAAGUGCGGAUGGACCAAGAAUGAUACAGUUCCAUUGUUCAGUAAGGGCAUGUCGAAGAAAGUAGUGGAGAAACAGUCGAUAACGAACUCGACUGCGACCUCGACGGCGACCUCCACUGCGACGAUCGCUGCUGGUUCAAGUACGGUGAAGAGCGCUGCGCUCCAGGCCGUCACCAGUGCCUCUGGUACGGGGUCACUCCGCGCGCAUGUCGAGACAUGGAUGACACUGUUGAUUCUUGCUAUUGGGAUAAUGGUCCUUUAA